UUUAUGAUAAACGAAAAUAUUUUAGACAAAAAAUUUCAAGACUAUUAUUCUGUUAAGAAUUAUGAUAUUUCGGACUCAAUUGAGAAUAAGAUCUUGACCACAUGGAUGGCAUCAAAAUAUUUUUAUGCAAAAAAAGAUGAAAAUGUCUUGUCUGGGAAUGAAAAUCUUUUAAAACUUCAUGAAAACUUUUCGCAAAAGUUACUAUCACAUUUUUUGAAAAAUGUAAAUGCUUGCCCAACAAUUCAAAAAUUGCACCACAAUAUAAAAGGAAAGCUCAAUAAUGGGGAUGUAUGUAAAUGUAGUUUGAUAUCAAGAAAUCAAGGUAUCCAUCAUAACGUGUUUGCUGGUGAAGAUUCGGUGCGGGACAAGAGAUGCAAUGAAUUCAUCAAUAAUAAUGAACUAUAUUGCUAUUCUAUUACUAUAUAUCCUCCCACUAAUUUCCUUAAUAAAGAUAUAACUGUUAUUCAACAAAAUCAACAAGAUUAUGUUUUUGAUGGAUUUUUUAUUUUGACCCAUUUCAAAAUAGACAAAUUGCCACCCGUUAAAUUUUCAAGAUAUAAUAUAGAUUAUACAAUCAAUUUUUCGGAAGAACCAAUUCCUCAAGUAUUUGUGGUCAAAGAUUUAUUACUUUUUGAGAAAUUUUUGUUUCAAUGUAUACUCGAAUUAUAUGACUGGGACAUAAGCGUCGAUAGCAAAGAGUGGGACGCAAACCAACAAACAUGUAACAGAUUGUUUCAUUUUAUUCCGAAAUUUAUACGAAACAUUGAAGGAAAUGUCCAGGAGAUUUUGGCUAUGAAUGCAGUUUUGUCUUAUUUAAUCUCUAAUUUUAAACCUCUAUUUGAAGAAGAUAAUCUAAACGAAAUUCAAAAUAUGAAUUAUUAUCAUUGGGACCGUAUCGUUGAAAGGGUUAAAAACACUAUCGUUUGUAACCCCAAUUUGAAACCGAAGAGUGUGAGGCUCGAUCAAAUAGAUAGAUUGGAAAGUAACACAAAUAUAGAUAUGGAAAAUGAAUCGCCGUACAAAUAUCCUGAAAUUGUUCAUAUUGGCAUAACGCCUGUGCAAUCUAACUACACGGGAUGUCCAAAAUAUCAAAAAUUGUGGAAACAGUAUUUAAAGCUCAAGCAUUUAGUUUCUAAUAAAGCGAUCAUGACUGCUAAAGAUAAGAGAAAGUUGGAUCAAAAGAAAAAGGAACUGGAAGAGAUAAAAGAUGCUUUAUCUAUUAAUGUUCGGAAAUAUCAGACAAUUGCCAUCGAUAGCCAAGGUUACUACACAACUGGAAUAAAAACGGAUGUUGUACAGUAUUCCAUGAUAUUACCUAUAUUGACCUUUCAUUUGCGAUAUCACAAAUCCCUUUUGGUCCUUCAAAAUACCAUCGAAUAUAAAUUCAAGGACCCUUCACUACUGCAAAAAGCAAUGACCCACCCAUCGUUUAAACCCAAUUAUGGAAGCAAUCCAGAUCAUUGCCGCAACACUUUAUCGAAUUGUGGACUGAGAAAUCCCAUUUAUGGCGAUAAGGCUCACAAAAUUUUGGCUUCUCGAAAAAGAGGUAUUAUUACGCUCAACAAAAUAAUGAAACUAAAAGGCGAUUUUUCUAGUGGUUCAUCUCAUCCCAAAACGGCAAACUAUUUAUCCGAACAUGAUAUCUUUGAUAAAUCUUCUCUAAAUAAAUGUUACAAUCAAAUAAUUAAUCACAACGAGAGGCUAGAAUUUUUUGGAGACGCCAUCAUAGAAUUCUUAACCAGCGUGCACCUAUUUUUCAUGUUUCCUCAUAUCGAAGAGGGAGGAUUAGCCGUUUACAGGGCAUCUUUGGUACAAAACAGCCAUCUAGCCAUUCUUGCUAAGAAAUUGGAAUUAGACAAAUAUAUGCUCUAUGUUCACGGUCCCGAUUUAUGCCAUCAAUCUGACUUGAACCAUGCAAUGUCCAACGCAUUCGAAGCGCUUUUAGGUGCUAUAUUUCUGGAUGGGUCAUUGAGCAUAGUAGAUGACUUUUUAUCAAAAUGCUUAUUUGGAGAUGAACCCAAAUUAUAUGAAGUUUGGACCAAUUUAUCUAAACAUCCAUUACAAGAAGAUGAACCUUGGGGCGAUCGGCAUUGGAUCCCUAAAGUAGAUUUAUUGGAAAAAUUAACGGGGUUAGAAAAGGAGAUAGGUCUUGAGUUUAAGCAUAUUCGUUUGCUUGCCAGAGCUUUCACAUUAAGAAACACCGGUUUCAAUAAUUUGACUUUGGGACACAAUCAACGACUUGAAUUUUUGGGUGAUACAAUAUUACAGCUCAUAACUUCCGAGUAUCUCUACAAGCAUUUCCCUUACCACCAUGAAGGCCAUUUAUCUUUAUUACGGAGUUGUUUAGUCAACAAUCAAACUCAAUGUGAAGUUUGCAACGAUUUAGCCUUGCAUAGAUUUGUCAUUUCGAACAUUCAACCCAUAGAUUUGACUACCAAGGAUAAGGCCGACCUCUUGGAAUCAUUUUUAGGAGCAUUAUUUGUUGAUCAAGGAGUAGAAGAUUGCAAAGUAAUCUUCAAGAUUUGUUUUAUAAGCAAAUUGGAUGAUUUUAUUGAAAAUCAAGGGUGGAAUGAUCCUAAAUCCUUAUUACAACAAUGUUGUUUGACUUUAAGGAAGAUGGAUGGAAAAGAACCCGACGUGCCUAUCUAUAAGGUUAUUGAUUGCAUAGGACCGUCUAAUACGAGGCGAUAUAAAGUGGGCGUGUAUUUUAGAAACAAUAGAUUAUCCGUUGGUUGGGGCAGGAGCAAACAACAAGCCGAGAUGGAAGCGGCCGAAGCUGCUAUAUCUAAAUAUAAAAGUGUAUUUCCAAGAUUUACUCAUCACAAGAUGAAACGUCAAACAUUAUGAUUACAAUUACUCUAUUAUAUUAUCGUGAUAUGGAGUGUCAUCCCUAAAAUAUUUGUCGCCCUAGGUAAAAAUUUAGAUUUGUUGAAAAACACAAAGAAUGUACCUUUAUACUUGGAACAUAUGUUAUGCCAUUCUAAUCUUCUUUGGUAUAAUGAUUAAAUCUUUUUUAAAUUAUCCAUCUGCUCUUUUGUCGAAUGCCUAACUAAUUUAAAUAAGUUUUAAUAUAUUUCCCUUUAUUUUUUUU